AUGGAUGGGAAUGAGCAUGCGGUCACUGGUGGUGUCCGGAGAUGGGUUGAGGGUCUAGUGAGCUGUCGGACCUGCAGGAGAGUGGAGAAGGUGGGAGGAGAUGGAGCUAGUGGCUGCUGGUCGCUGGGCGGGGAUGGUGGUCAUGGGGCUGCUGGAAUGGUUGCUGGCGAUGAGGAGAGUUUCCCCGGGGAGAGCAGGAGUACUGCUGGUGGUUCGAGUGGUGACUUUGGUUGGGGAGCAGGUGAUGAGGAGAUGAAGGAGAGAAUCAAAGGGAGGGGAGAGUCUGAGAGUGCUGUUGGGGGCUGGAACCGAGAGGUGGUGAAGUUGAUAGGUGGCGGUUCUGGUUGCAGGUGGUGCGAGUGGGUGGUCGGAUCUGCUAGUGUGAAGGAUGGUGGCUGUGGUGGUUUCCGAGAGGGUCUGUGGUCUGGAUCUAAGGUGGUGUGGGGAUGGCGAGAGAAUGGAGUGAGAGAGGUUGGCCGGAGCUGA